AUGGUCAUUCCGGAAAAUUCAACGGUAAUUAAUUAACAGUUAAUUAUCAAAUAAUUUAAAAGCGUUAUAUUAUUUAAAAUUACAAAUAUAAUUAUAGGUGAAUGUAUGCUGGCAAUAUAAUUAUUUUUGUUUCUAAACUUUAGUUGGACAUUUCAACAACUGUAACUGACCCAGAAAAUAAUCUGGUAAAAAUAACAGAAACGUCUUUUACUGAUAAUUGUAAUCAAUGUCACAAUCUUGCAACCAUGACUUGCAGAAAAGACGAUUCCGUAGCAAUGGAUGUCGAAAAUUGCGAGCCUGUUUCAAAACAUACUCAAAAAGAAGAAAACGUUCUAUCGGAAAACAUGUCGUAUUGUCACGUGAGCGUUAUCUACAUUAUGUUAAUUAUCUCAAACCUUAUACUCAAUACCCAUUUAGAAAAAAAAUAUAGAAUGUACAAUGUACAUUGUACCUUAAUAUGCCUACUCAGAGGCAUAAUAAUACAGCUAUUAUGAUGUGAAUAAUAUUGUGUUAUUGAUGUACAGUAAAGAAUAAUAGGUAGGUCACUUUUUUUUUCCGGUUAACCGACAGUAGAGACGGAUCUGUAUUAACAUUGUAGGUGGGUAUCUACUACGUACCAUCAUAUAAUUUGCUUAAAUAUUUCAACACACUUUUUAUCAAAUCAUUAAAACUAGACAGCUGUUUAAUCCAAAAGUUUAGAUAGGUAUUUUACCAUUUACCAGUUAAGUAGGUACCUAUUAUUAUACAAAUAAUUAUGUUUGUUUUUUAGAAUUUACAAAUUUAGAUACUAGUAGCUUCUUGCUAUAAUGUAUUUUUUUGUUACGUCCACGAAUCUCCUAUACAACUUAACUGACUUUUUGGUUAGUGCAAUGGUUUUCAUUAUUAUUGUGAAUACGACCCAUCCCUAUUCCCUAUAUUCUCUUUUCUAUGAAAUGUUCACGGUCCAUAUUGGCCAAGACCCAAGAACAACUUUUUCUCCACGGAAACGUUUUUUUCAAAUUAUUCUUUCUGGGUUAGAGUCUAAACUCAGACGAACUACGUUAACAGAGGUCUUACAUAGAGCCUUUUAUUGAAAAAUACCAUGCCUAUUGGUAAACAAAAUAAUAAUAAACAACAAUAUACAAAAUUAUAUAAUCUUGAAACUUAACCUAAGUGAACUUUAAAUUGAAAACUAUUUUUGUGUGUCUACUGUAGCAAUUAACCAAGUGGUAUAAUAAAAGAUCUUCAGUGCCAUUUUCCUAUUUAAUUGGCAUACCAGUCGGUUGGCUAAUGCUCGGAAUAUUUCAAUAUUUUGUGUGUGUCGUCAAUUUGGGUGACAGUCUCUUAGAUCCGUGGUUUUUUUCCUGUACUUGGAUAGUGGAAGCAAUUUGUCUGUUACACGUAACCAUGAUAAUUACGAUUGUCAAAUGUUUGUAUGUUCGUGUGGUAAGUAUAUUUCCUUAUCUACGUAAUAAAAUUAAAUAAAUUCUGAUUAUAUUUACAAUACAUUUACAAUUUAUCAUACAUACAAUUAUUAUUUAUUGCAUAUUGUAUAUAUGUAUACAUAUUAAUAAAAUGAUUAUAAUUUUAGGAAGUAUUGAAAUACUGUGAUAAAAUUACCUGGGCCGGAUUUACGUUUUUACUUUUUCAAGGAUUGGUCAUAAUAUUGCUUUUGCUUCCGAUAAGUAAUUUAUAUAAACACGUUGUUGGCGAUUUUUCAAAGCCUAUCAAUUUUUUUACUUACUGGUUGAUGAUUGCUUUUCCCCAUUUUAUGAUAACAUGUUUUGCAACAUUUGGUUGUUGUUCAAAGGUAUGUCUUAAGAUGUUAGUUUUGCUCUUUUUUUUAAAUUUCUGUAAUUUAGUUUUCGUUUGAAAAUAUUUUAGAAAACAGUUAAGAUGAGGUGCCCGAUAAAUAGUUUCUUUUUAGAUUCUGAGUGAAGCGAAGAAGCCUAUGGUUUUACAAAGAUGUUUAUUUUUUUAUCUUUUUUUUUAUCUGUAAACAACUGUUUUACCAGACAACUUGUUUAGAUUUUUAAGUGUAGCACCUUAGCUAAAAGGAAAUUUACUGGAGAGGUACUUUAGAGAGAUCAUUUUUCGAUUUUCUCAAGAGUUUUCCAGGCAAAUGUGAAAAACCUUGAUAAAACAUAGGAAAACCGGGAAAAACCUAGGAAAACUGGGAAAAUCGGUACAACGUUAAACAAAUAUUAUUAAAGAAAAGCCUAUUUAAUUAUUUUACUAUAAUAUGAUAUAUAUAUUGUUGACAAAACAUUAAUAUCAACUGAACUUCACUCAGAAUAAGUAUAAGUAGGUACCUAUUUUAAUAAAAUUGAUAUCAAAAAUAACUGAUAUGUAUAAAUGUAUGGUAAUCGGGAAAAUAUCAAGGAGAAAAUUACUACGGAAUAAAAAGCACCAAUUUUAACUGUAUUUAUUUAUUGAAUUACAAAAAUUAAAACAAUUGUUUAUUUAAAAUAAUUUUUAAAAAUAUUGAAGUAUAAAAUAUAUAUUUCUUUUGAAAAAUGUUGGUUUUUUAACUAUACAAAUUAUGUGAAAAAAAAUAUUUUCAAAAAAAUUGAAACUUUUUAAAAUAACAAGUGGUUGCAAUAUAUCUUUCAUUCCUUUCAUUCAUUGAAAUUACCUAUGAAGACGUUUUCAUAUUUCCAUGCUAUUAUUGGAGUUAACCAAAUUUAGUCUGUCAAAAAUCACUAAAGUGUCGAAGUGUUUUAGUGUUAUAAUAUGAAAUUUUUUUUUUUGUAAUUAUUAAUUAUUAUAUUCAAAACAUUUUAAAAUUGUUGUUAUUUUUUUCAGUGUACUUUUUUCUUUUUCUUUUUCCUUGGUCUUAUUUUUAGGGUUCUAAAUGUAUAUUAGGUAUUUCUUUAUUUUCUUGAAAUUGCUGAUUUUAAUUUACAUGCGAAUAAAUGCCUUGUAAUUUUUAAUAUUUUUUCAGAUUUUUAGAUAG